AUGAGUGGCUUUGGACUGGUCAAGAUAGACAGUGACGUUGCUUCCUUGGCUGCCGCUCGAAACCGUACCCCCUCCCUGCAGACACACCCCUCCUGUGGGCUCUGUGGCGAGUACCUGCCUGCGGCUGAAGCCGCUGGAGAAGAGAAGGCUCUCCUCUCGAGAGCUCCCUCCACAAAGAAGGAAAGCGUAAAUCAGACAGUCGUGUUGACGGCGCCCAUUGGGUUCAGCCACGGCUGUUCUGUGGCCCCCUUUUCUCCCAUCGUCUCGAUCCGACAUGUGGCGAGCAUAAGCCACCGUAGUCAGUCCAGUCAAGCCACAAUGAACCCCUCCCUUCUUGUGCUUGUGGCCCCCCCCAAACACCUCCGCAUUGUGGCGAGUGUCUCCCACAAGAAGGCCGAAGUACCGGUACAAAUGUCGGCUCUGUGGCUUAUUUCUACGUGCCCACGACCGGCCAAGUUCAGGGCUGCAUAUCUGCACACGCCAUCCUUGAAGACCUUCCUGAACCAGUGCGACAUAGUGUGCGAUCGGUGCGCUGGUACCCCCAGUUAG